CGAGGAUGUGGAGGAGUCGCGGGGAGAGGACCGCGUGAGGAAAGCGUCCUGUCGGGAGGACGCGGGGACUUUUCCGGAAAGACUGACGGGUCAAAGUGGAGGUGGACAAGCUGGAAGUCGGGAAGGGUCGCCAUCGCAGGGUCAGGAUGGCCGACGAGAGUCUCCAGGACUCCACGAUCGACAAGGCGGACCGGGGCAGCGCCAAGGCGGUCCUCUUCAAGAUCGCCGAGGUGGUCCUGGCAGUCUUCUCCGUGGGCCUCAUCGUGGACCCCUUCAACUCGUUCCAGCAGAUCUUCAACAAACCCCGCACCAAACUCGACGACAUCGCCUUCAUCUACAUCACCAUCGGCGGGUUCGUCAUCUUCAACACCCUCUUCGCCAUCUCCCACGUCCUCGGGGAUAGGAUACCAAAACGAACGACGAUGAUGUUCGCCGCGGUCGGCGCCCUCUUCCACGUGGUGGCCGGCAGCGUGAUCGUCCACAAUUGGCGGAAGCUUCACGGGGAUUACGUCUACGUGCAGAACAAUGCAAUUUACCCGAGCAAGCAGUACAUGGACAUGCUGAUCUCCGGGGCGGUCUUCACCUUCCUCGACGCGGCCAUCUUCGUCGCCGAGGUCGUCUUCGUCUUCAAGUACUCGUAACUCCUGCAGUACCUCUCACCAGGUGGCUGCAGGUGGAGGGACGAUUUUUCCCCUUUUCUUUUUAUUUUCUUUUUUUUUUUUCUAAAAACAAUUGGUACGCAUCUUUACGUCUCCAACAGUGCACGAAGAAGGGCACGAAGAGAGGAGAAUCAGCUGAUGUAAAUACGCCCCGGGAAGCGUGACCCUGUAGAGGGCUUUAGGAGCUCCAGAUUCCCCCUUUAUGACUAGAAUCUCGUAGAAUUCCGAUCACCAGAUCGAUCGCGUAUGAUCGAUCGAGGGGUAAUUUUGCACGCGCACGUACAAAGCUAUGCGAUCCGCUCGAGCGAUCUCUAAGUAGCCUUAAUUAUCGAUUGACAGGUCAAUUAGCGAGGUAAGAAGUCGCGAGUGAAUUUCGGAGGUCCAUCUUGAAGAAGAUCGAUGAGGUUCAGGUGAUCUACUUAAUCUCGGAUCGAUCGAGGGUCGUUGAUUAAUUAUUAACGCUAAACGUAAUUAUUAAGGAACCCGGACAAAUCCCAUUACCGAUCGGCUAUCGAUCCCCGUUCCAUGUAUUUUUUUUUAUUUAUUGCCCCGCGAGUAUAUAUAUAUAUAGAGGAUAAAAAUAUCUUUUGCACCCGGCCGAGGAUCGGAAGGAUCUCUCGUUUUUUUUUCUAUUUUAUUUUCUUCUUCUUCGGAGCGUUCCGAAUUUCGGAGAGUCCCUUUGGUAGGAUGCUUUUUAUUUUGUUAAUGACAGAUAUAUUUAUAUAUAUAUAUUUUUCUCUUUUAUAACGAACGUACAAUGCUGAUGCCCAAAGCGCACCUCCGAAAGGGCUCGGAGGUGAGAUUUCUAAAAAUUGGGAAAGUCUAUUGAAAGUGUUAAGGUGAAGUGAAACCUCCUCCUCGAGUCAGUCGAUUCGAAUAAAACACUUUUUUUUUAAGGGUAUUGGACUAAACUGUCCGAAAC